AUGCAAUUUGCUGUUCUCUCUGCUUUUGCCACAACUUUACUCCUUGCUGGCGCCGUGGCUGCAACAUCCUCGGUGGGAAUAAGGGAUGAAGUACUCGAAACCGCUGACAGAGAACAAAUUUGCGCUGACUUACUCCACUACAUAAACCUUCUCUCAAGACAAUACGCCAAAGACUCAUCUGAUUCACUGGGAGUAUUUCCUGGUGCCUCACCCCCCCGCUAUCGUCGUCGUUUCACUCGUCCCAUCGGUCGCUGA